GGCAUGAAGUGAGACACAAGUACAGAAGUAAGGGAGGGAGCCGUCCUGCAGGCUGAGACUGCACAGGAUGAAGCUGGCAGCCAAAUAAACAGACGCCUGGACUACACACAAAGGUGUCACCCACUGCCCACACCAGGCCUGGCACUGGGGAGCAUAUUCUGUCAUGUUGUGCAUGGUACAGUGAGGGCAUGUGGCAUUGCCUAGGAGUGUAGGCAUCAGUCUUGGAAACAUUGGCAGAUAGAUGCGGUAUAUAGGUAUAUAGAGGUCGGUGCACACUGCGUGUUCCCCCUUGCUUGGUGAGAUGCCCAUGUUGCUUCUGUCCCUUCUCCUGCUCCUCAGUUUGGUGCCAUCAAUGCCAUCCGAGCGCCCCCCAAGUUGUCAUGAGGUGCGUGCGGCGUUCCAGGUUCACCAGGUCGGGAGAGGUCGGCUGGUGCCUGAGGUACCAAUUGAGGAGUCUGACCUCCAGAUCUGUGAGCCGAAGGCCUCAACAUGCUGCACCAGGAAGAUGGAGGAGAGCUACCAGGCUGCAGUGAGAAGAAAGCUGGCUCAUAACAUCCAAGCCUUGAACUUUGAGCUCAAAUUUAUGAUUGUUGCACAUACAUCUGCCUUCCAAGAGACAUUCACUUAUUUGAUUGACUUGGCCACAAACAACACACUUUCUUUGUUUGACAGCAAGUACCGCUCAAUGUCUCAAAAUGCGCACGAGUCAGUAAAGGAGCUAUUUACUGACCUAUCCCUUAAUAUUAUGGGAGCCGACAUGCCCUUGGAUGAUGCAUUCUCUCGUUUUUGGGAUGAUCUGUUCCCCCUCGUCUACAACCACCUCAUUAAUCCAGGGAUAGUGUCAUUGUCAGGGGAGUACUUGGACUGUCUACGUUUGACAAGGCAGGAUAUUAACCCUUUUGGCAACUAUUCAAAUGACAUGCUUGUCCAUUUGUCAGAAUCUUUGUGGACCAGCCGAAUGAUGAAACAAGCAUUAAGUUUGGCCGAGCAAGUAAUCAACAGCACUGAGCAUGCAGGAAUGACCCGGGAAUGCACACGUGCAUUGGUGAGGAUGCAGUAUUGUCCUCACUGCCAGGGAUUGACUCUUAUCCGACCGUGUGUUGGCUACUGUCUCAAUGUUAUGAGAGGAUGUUUGGCCAGUGUAGCAAGUCUAGAUGGCUCCUGGAGAGACUUCAUUAACUUGGUGGAGCACUUUGCUGAUCAGAUGUCUGGAUCGCAUGAUCUGGAGCAGUCUCUAUUAGGAAUUCGGGACGUGAUUGACCAGUCGAUUCAUUACGCUGAGUCACAAGGACCCUACCUCUCACAGAUGGUAGAAAAGGUGUGUGGAGAACUACAAGAAAGUCCUGUCAAACAACAGUCUGAAGAGAAGGCCAUGAAAGAAGAAGAGGUGGUGAAACCACCACCAGUUACAAAACUCCACUCUCUAGGAAAUUUAAGAAGCUCUCUACCUCUGAAAGCUUCGAAGAAUGACAGGCCACGCAGUUUGAAAAGAAUCUCUCGCGAAUUCAUUAAGUACAUGAAGCCUUCAAGGACAUUUUAUACCACAAUGGCAGAGCGUUUGUGUGAUGGGGACCUGGCAGUAAGAGAUGGUUCAACAUGCUGGAAUGGAGAAGAUGUGGUAGAAAGUUACUCCAACCUCGUUGUUUCCAGUGAUUUUCGAGAUCAAGUAAGCAAUCCAGAAGUUAAAGUCCGAGGGUCCAAUGUCAUCAUCAACCAAGUAAUCAAUAAGAUGCGACUUUUCAUUCAGAUGGGCAGUGAAAAAAGGAUCAAGGCAGAGCGCUGGCGUAUCACAGAAGGCAGCGGAGGAUAUGGCAGAUCAGAAGGCGAGGAUGCAAGUGGUGACUGUGAUGAUGAGGAUGGUUGUCAAGGAUCUGGUGACAGUUUACAACCAGACACAAGGAGGCGGAUAUAUGAAACCAGCAUCGUCAACGCAACGGCCAAAGAUCCUGUCCACCUAAACCCAGGAGCCACCAGGAUACCACCUAAACAAAGGAAUUCCUCAAAUGCCACCAGCAGAUCCCAUGGCUCUUUGGCUUUAAUUAUGGCUGCCUUGUUCUUUACGUGUCCGUUUUUAUCACGGGUUUGCAGUGCUACAUUUUAAGAAUCUGCUCAAAAAUCCUUUGAAGCCUUAUUCAAGCAAAGUAAAAUAGUAGCUUUUUUUUAGGACAAACACGAAGAGACGGCAUGAGCCAAGCUCUGAAUGACCUUGGAUGAGUCACCCCACCGUUGAAAUGGGAUGACAGGCUGGCAAGCUAGACGUAUGUCUCGGGAGCGGUAAGGAUCGAGGUGACACAUAAUAAACAACUCUCACACCUCAAGCAACAUGAAAACAAACUCUCAGUUAUUAAGCGGAUCGGUUUCACAAAUGUGAUUUACGAUGAGGAAGUGAAACUUGGACAAAGUCACAAUGGAUGAACGCUCACAGUCCAAUACCUAAUCUAAUAAUGUAGAGAAACCUGCCUUGUUAAUAAACGGACAGAGUAGAACUGGAAUGAUACAUUUCUAUGCCGUGUGUGUCAGACGUAUGAGUUUCUAUGCACUUUAGAAGCCAUUAAGCUUCACGUAUUACAGAUACCUCUAGAAUUCUCCUCUUUGAUAUUUGUCACUUUUCCUUCACUUUUAAAACCAGCAAAUGCCUGUGUACUUCAUUCAAUGUGUUAUUGUAUAUCAGUUGCCUUCUUUUUAUUUCUAUAUGGAACUAAUACGUAUGGCUUUGUCUAGAUUUCUAUUUUAUGUAGGCGUAUGAUAGCUGCCAAGGUAGGGGGAUUGUAAGGUCUUAAACAUUCAUAUUAAAGGGGAUUAGGUGAAUUCAGAAAUAAUUUGAAUUCAUAAUUAGGUGGAUUAGGCAGUGGAAAAUAUUCAAAAUCUGGUGUCUACCCUGCUACAACCUGGAAAUUAAAGGCUUCGAACACCUUUAGGGGCAAUUUUUUAUGAUUGCAUUUUAAUACCUUUUGGGAUAAAAAAAAAAUAUUCCAUUCGUCUUUAUAAAAAAAAAAAAAAAAGAAAGUUUUGCGUAGUGUUCAUCCUACAGGGUUACAUUUCAGCCUAGCUUGGUUUUAUUGCUGUUCUGACAGCUAUGUAUAGCCCCUGUCUCUGAACUCCUAUCAGCUUACAAACAUCUACUUAAGUCAUAUUCUUAUCUGUUCAAUAAAAAUGUAAGCUGUCAGGAAUUCAGAUGUAAGGACUACACACUUCAGAACAGCCAUGGGGCUCAGUGUAAACCUGAAACUAAGAUGAUCUGCAGCAAGGCUUUAAUGUAACCCUGUAGGAAAAGAAACUACUGUCAAUGUUUAACCAAAUUGAGAAAACUAUUUUUAGCCCAAAAUGAGUAAAAUAUUCAUAUUAUGAGUAUUCAUAAAAACAUUGCCCCCAAAGGUAGUCAUAGCCUUUAAGCAAUAGACAUGAUUUAUAUAAUAUUCAAGAGGCA